AUGGUGCAUUGGCCAUUUAAAGUAGUUAACUAUAUUGGAAAACCAAAGAUUUUAGUUGAAUAUAAAAAUGAAACAAAAUUAUUUACACCUGAAGAAAUAUCAUCAAUGAUAUUAAUAAAACUGAAAGACAUGGCAGAGACAUAUCUUGGGAAAAAGAUUACUGAUGCUGUUAUUACUGUUCCUGUUUCUUUCAACCAUUCACAAUGGGAAGCAACAAAGAAUGCUGGUGUUAUUGCUGGUCUCAAUGUAUUACGUAUUUUAAGUGAAACGACAGCUGUUGCUAUUGCUUAUACUCUUGAUAAAAACGUUUCUGGUGAAAGAAACGUGUGCGUUUUUGACUUGGGUGCUGGCACAUUUAAUGUAUCCAUUGUAAUCAUAGAGGAAGGUAUCCUUGAUGUUAAAUCAGUAGCCGGUGAUACACAUUUAGGUGGAAUAGAUUUUGAUAAUCAAAUGGUUGCACAUUUUGUACAAGAAUUCAAACGUAAACAUAAUAAAGAUCUAUUACAUAAUGAACGUGCUAUUCGACGACUACGUUCUGCUUGUGAAUCUGCUAAACAUACUUUAUCAACAUCAUUUCAAGCAUCAAUUGAACUUGAAUCAUUACAUGAAGGUAUUGAUUUCUAUUCAACAAUAACUCGCACUUGUUUUGAAGAAAUGAAUGCUCAUUUAUUUCGUUUGAUCCUUGAUUUGUCACUGCACCCAGACGAAGCUGUGGCAUAUGGUGCUGCUAUACAAGCAGCUAUCUUAACUGGAGAUAAAUCAGAAAAGAUUACAGAUACGCUUUUACUGGAUGUUGUACCAUUUUCAUUAGGUAUCGAAACAACUGGUGGAGUUAUGACAGCACUACUUAAGCGUAAUACAACGCUUCCAACAAAGCAAACAAAAACAUUUACAAUUAAGUCAUAUACCCAAUCUAACAAUAUCGUGACAGAACUAGUUAUAUGUGAUGAACCAAUUCCAACAAAAGAAACAAAAACAGCAACAACUUCAUCAGACAAACAAGUUAGUGUUGAUAUUAAAAUAUUUGAAGGUGAACAUUCAUUGACAAGAUAUAAUCAUUUACUUGAUUCUUUCACACUUUCUGGUAUUUCGUUAACAUCGCCGACUAUGCCACAAAUUGAUAUUACAUUUGAUUUUAAUGCAAAUGGUAUCUUAGUUGUUUCAGCUGUAGAUAAAACUUCUAGGCAAGAAAAUAAAAUUACAGUUACAAAUGAUAAAGAACGAUUAUCUAAAUAUGAAAUAGAAUAUAUGAUUGCUGAUGCUGAAAAACUCAGAAGAGAAGAUGAAACACAAGAUGAACGUAUAUUAGCAAAAAACUCACUUGAAGAAUAUUGUCUUCACGUAAAAGCAACAAUUAAUGAUAAACAGAUGACAGAUAAAAUUGAUAACUAUGACAUGAAGAAAAUGAUUUUCGCCAUUGAAGAUACAAUGGAAUGGCUGGAAACAAAUCAUUUUGCUGUGAAAGAAGAAUUGGAACAAAAGUUAAAGAAAAUUAAAGGAAUUUGUUCACCAAUACUGGAGAAAUUUCGAUGA